AUGCAAGAUUCCACCAGGAUGCAAGUGGUGCGGCCGAGUCCUAAGCUUAAAGCGCCAAGGCAGGAAGACGAGGAUAUGGAUAGGGAUAUAGAUCUGGAUAGGGAGGAGCCAGUACGUCUCACUCCGUGGAUGAGUAGCCCCUUGGUGGCCAGUCAGGAGGUCUAUCAGAGAGUGGAAACAAGAACACUUAGCCUCACGCCUCACUGCGUGUCAGCAGCACCUAGCCUCACGCCUCACUGCGUGUCAGCAGCACCUAGCCUCACACCUCACUGCGUGUCAGCAUCACCUAGCCUCACGCCUCACUGCGUGCUCGCAUCACCUAGCCUUACGCCUCACUGCGUGUCACCAUCACCUAGCCUCACGCCUCACUGCGUGUCAGCAUCACCUAGCCUCACGCCUCACAGCGUGUCACCAUCACCUAGCCUCACGCCUCACUGCGUGUCACCAUCACCUAGCCUCACGCCUCACUGCGUGUCACCAUCACCUNGUGAAGUUUCAGAGGAGAUGUAA